CCAAGAGUAGAGUGAACAGGAGUGCAGAGUCAAGAAGCAAGCGGAUAAUUUGUAGGCCUUCUUAUAGUUUGGAAAUGAGAGGAGUAAAAAAGAGCAUUAACAAAACUCCAGGAAAAAAAGGAGAAGUAGUGUUGAAAGGCAAGAGGAAAUCUGAGGAAGGGGAGGAUGAAGAUCUUAAAGACUCCCCCAAGAAGAAACAAAAGAUUUCUGCAGGAAAAAAACAGCAAGCAGGAGCACAACAAAAGUCCAAAACAAAAGUUCACUCUGUUCGGAAAGAACCACAAACUUAUAGCACAGGUAGCAUGGAAGAACAGUGGUCUUUGGAAAUCCAGGACAAAGGCCGAGCUACCUGUCCAACAUGCAGGGCUGUGGUGAGAAAGACUGUAGAAGGACUGAAGAAACAUAUGGCAAAUUGCAGGCAGGAAAUGUUCACUUGUCAUCAAUGUGGGAAGCAGCUGAAGUCUUUGGGAGGGAUGAAAUACCAUGUCAUGGCAGACCAUAACAAUCAGCCACUUGUGAAGGAAGGAGGAGAAGUAGAUGAGCAGCGUGAACGAGACCGCCUUCGGAAGGUUUUGAAGCUUAUGGGAAAACUAAAAUGUACAAGGGAGGGUUGCACAGGUAGCUUCACCAGCAUAAUGGGAUACCUAUAUCAUGUUAAAAAGUGUGGGAAAGCUGCAUCUGAGCUGGAAAAAAUGGCUAUGAAAUGCCAUCACUGUGGAAAAGCAUACAAAUCAAAGGCAGGACUUGUCUACCAUCUUCGAUCUAAGCAUGGGCCGGUUGCUUUCUUCCGUGAAGAGAGAAGAACAGAGAGCUCAAAGGAAAAUAAACGGGAGACAAACAACACAGGCAGAGUUCAGAGGAGAUCUGCAAAAGUGGCCAUUUACUAUCUCCAUGAGUUAGCUGGAGAAGAGCUGGCCAAAGAAUGGCCCAAGAGGAAAGUGCUGCAGGACUUGAUUCCAGAUGAUCGAAAGCUGAAAUACACUCGUCCUGGACUGCCUACCUUUAGUCAAGAUGUGCUGUGCAAAUGGAAAACAGAGAUAAAGAUGUACAGAAGAGUUCAUUGCCCAAACCAGGGUUGUGAAUCUGUAUACGGGAGCGUCUCAGGACUCAAAUCUCAUCUUGGCACGUGUACCUUGGGAGACUUUGUGGCUGGUAAAUACAAGUGUCUCCUUUGUGAAAAGGAAUUUAUUUCAGAGAGUGGGGUCAAGUAUCACAUCAACUCUGUGCAUGCAGAGGACUGGUUUGAUAUGAAUACAACUACUACCAAAAGCUUUGAGAAGCUAAUGAAAAUCCGCCAAAGAGAAGAGGACCAGAGGAAACAACGGAAGAAACGUCCUUUGACUCGGGGCAGAAAGAAGAAAACAGGAUCCUUGUCUGGCAAGAAACCCCCCAGUGUUGGAGUUGAAAGAAUGAGGAGAAGAAAGAGGGGUCGCCCAAAGCGAGUGGUGCAUGAGCGUGAGAGUAGUGAAGAGGAAGAGCCCCAAGUUGUACAGAGAGCAGAGUUUCCCAAAACCUGCCGUAAACGAGGCCGGAAGUAAGCCCCUGGAGGAAAAGGAGGAGUAACGCCCAAAAUUUUCAGUUACAAGCCCCACUUCUGUUAGGCUCAUGACCCACAGUGCUAACAAAAGCAACUGAAUGUCUUUGGGAUUGUGCUUCCACUUCUAACUUCCGUGACCUUGAUUUUGUAACUGUUGCAUCUGGUCAGUUAUGAGAGACUGUGAACCAAAGCUGUGGUACAGAGACUGUUUCUUCUGGUUUAGUUCCCUUGGACAGUGGCRUUAGCAGUGUACAUAGGCAGCGUAGCUCAUGCCCUAGUUGCAGUCUCAGUUCGGGUCACAUUAGUUUCUUGUUUAGUGAUUCCAGCGUAGCAUCUGUCUCUGUUUUGUCAUCUUCCUCUGAUGGGUGCACGCAGAGUUCUCUGUCAUGACAGUUCUAAGAGGCUGACUAACACUGCACUGUGUUUAGGUCUCUUUGAGAGAGGAAUCCUCUUUCUUGCACAAUAUGCUCACUAACUGAGCAGCAGUGUGCAGAAUGCAAAGGCUUUAGCUUGCCCUAUAGCUCAGUCCUGUCUGUUGGCAAGGCUGCCGUAUAUGCCAUGGAGGAGCAUAUACCUUCUUGGCACAUGCUGUAGAGUGUUGCACAAGCACGGCCUGUGCUUCAUGCUCAGGUGCCCAGGCUCAGCAGCAGCUAGUAGGACAUGAUCUCUCUCUGCUUCCAAGUGAUGGGAUAUCGUUAUCACUCUGGUCAGAAACCUGAUGUUCCCCUGGCAUAUUCCUUCAGGAGCACUGGACAUUGAAUAAAUGUAGAGGAUCUUCCAGUCCCAUGGGGAAUAAGGACUAUCCAGCCUUUUGUUAGAGAUUCACUGGCCUUUCAGAGAUCCCCAGGAACUAACGUAAUGCAAUCACCUGUAUUGGUCUUCUGAAGAUGGUUUGCUGUUUCAGACUCACCUGAGAAACCCUAUCUAGGAAAACUGCAAGUGUUAAGAUUCACAGGGAAGCCUGGGUGGUUGCCUGGUGAACAGAUGGAUUUAUAUGUGUAUGUUUUUACCAGCAUAAUCACAUUGGCCUUGACAGUUGAAGUGCUGUACAGCCAAAGUGUUCUCCAGAGCUGCUGCUUCUGUACAAGAAAAGGCAAAGCAGACUGCAGCCGACCACUGUCUGUGUUGUAUGGUUUAACAUCUGUAUAACAGGCAGCGUAUGGUGCUUCAUUGUCAUUGAAAGGCAGUAGUUUUGCUGCCUGUUGGUUCUGGUUGUCACUAUGGUUGCAGUGCUACGCUAGCAGUACAUGUAUCUGGAUUCCA